GAGUUCACAGUGAUUACCAAACACUGGAGGUAGUAAUGAAUUUGUCUCACAAGAGUGGUGGCCACGGAACUCAGGCUGGGGCAGAACGUCCGCACAUUAUCGCACCUUGUAUGGUCGCAGUGAGUUACGGCCGCUGUAACUGAGCCUUCCAGCUGUUUGGUGGCUGGGGUAGUCACGGCGAGAGGGGCGGAAUGGCCGGCCCGCGCUGCUGUGCUGCCCUGCUCCUUUAAGAGCGCGGCGGAGCGCCGUGAGCAGCGGCUGCAUUCACCGACUGCUGACACAUGUGCGGGAGCCGGGCGCGGGGCGCAUUUAAAGCGGCAGCGCGUCUUCACAUGUCCGGCAGCGGGACGGCCGGCGACUCGGCACCGUGUGGUCAGCCGUAGAACAGCCGAGGCCGCCGCCGCCGUAAACGAUGAAGCGCCAGUAGCAGCGAGGCAGCGACAUGUACGGACACUAUCAUCCCUUGGUGAAGCUCCCUGUCACCUACAGCCAUUCGGCAAUACAAGUGAACUCCACGUCAAUGAGCUCACCAUCCCCACACUCAACAGUGAACUCAGUGGUUGGCCACCAGUCAAUGAUCGGAUCCUCGAUAAAUGCUUCGCGUUCUCUCACCUCCCCCAUGGGAAACUUGGCCUCUCCGGUCAACGGACUAGGCUCUCCAUACCCCGUCAUCACGUCAUCAAUCGGAUCUCCCUCGGUGUCCUUACCAUCUACUCCGACCAUUGGCUACGGACCACUCAGCAGUCCCCAGAUUAAUGCGGUGAACAAUGUCAGCAGCACAGAGGAUAUUAAGCCACCUCCUGGCUUGACCGGACAUGGAAACUUGAACUCCUACAGCCCCAACUCAAUGGCCAAGCACAUCUGUGCAAUAUGCGGAGACAGAUCCUCAGGAAAGCACUACGGGGUGUACAGUUGUGAGGGGUGCAAAGGCUUCUUUAAACGCACCGUGCGCAAGGACCUCACCUACACGUGCCGGGACACCAAGGACUGCAUAAUUGACAAGCGCCAACGUAACCGCUGCCAGUACUGCCGCUACCAGAAGUGCCUGGCCACAGGCAUGAAGAGAGAAGCUGUGCAGGAGGAGCGUCAGCGGGGAAAGGAGAGAAGCGACAAUGAGCUGGAGCCCAGUAGCAGUGUCAAUGAUGACAUGCCGGUGGAGAAGAUUCUAGAAGCGGAGCUGGCCGUGGAGCCGAAGACAGAGACGUACGUGGAGGCCAGUCAAGGAAAUUCGUCCAACGACCCAGUCACCAACAUUUGUCAGGCGGCGGACAAGCAGCUCUUCACACUGGUGGAGUGGGCCAAAAGGAUUCCACACUUCUCCGACCUCCCCCUCGACGAUCAGGUCAUUCUUCUUCGGGCAGGCUGGAACGAGCUGCUCAUCGCCUCCUUCUCACAUCGCUCCAUCUCGGUGAAGGACGGGAUCCUGCUGGCCACAGGCCUGCAUGUCCACCGCAGCAGCGCCCACAGCGCCGGCGUUGGCUCCAUCUUCGACAGGGUUCUGACCGAAUUGGUUUCUAAGAUGAAAGACAUGCAGAUGGACAAGACAGAGUUGGGUUGCCUGAGAGCCAUCGUUCUCUUCAAUCCAGAUGCUAAAGGCUUAUCAAACCCAGGAGAGGUGGAAUCUUUGAGGGAGAAGGUAUAUGCAUCACUAGAAGCUUAUACAAAGCACAAAUACCCAGAGCAGCCAGGCAGGUUCGCCAAGCUGCUCCUCCGACUGCCAGCCCUCCGCUCGAUUGGACUCAAAUGCCUCGAGCACCUGUUCUUCUUCAAGCUGAUUGGCGACACCCCCAUUGACACCUUCCUGAUGGAGAUGUUGGAGGCUCCUCAUCAAAUGACGUGAAUCCAUUCCCCGCCUUUCCCUUAAAUGUCAAAAUCUGUAAAUAUUUUCACUAAUUGUGUGAAUAGAACCAAGAUAACGCCAUCUGUCCAACUUGUAAAACACAUACUUUGUACCUUGAACAAGCACAGUGUAGCAAUUAUUUGAUACGUUGUUACAGGGAUUUUAAGAGAAAAAAACACUUAUUGGAAGAAUUUUAGAUUAAAGUUCUAUUUAGAGAAGACUAAAUCAGGUUUACAAGUCGGUACCUCUCACACUUCAAUCCUCACUGUUGGUCACUUGCAGCCCCACUGCCUGUGAAAGGGGCGAUUCCCUGAGUGGAUGUGGCUCUGGUCCCCAUUUUAGAAUCUGCACCAGCAGCACACCCUCCACCACUGUGAUCCACGGAUAGUAUAAAUUCCCCUCCCUUCCACACCCAGCGUUCAGAAUGCACCCCCUUUGCAACCCAGUCCUGCUAAUGUUGAAACACUGAAUGCCCCCUUCCUCUCCCCCCCUUCCCCCAGCACCAUUCAUUGUUCCAGUGACCUUCAGGCACAAGUAGUUGUCAAAGCGCUUCAGGUACUUGGGCCGCAUUCUCCCUGACACCACGAUGUACUGUUUCAGGAUCUACUGCUCCUACUCGCAGGCUGAAGAUCGAUACUUUGAGCUUAUGAUUAAUUAUUAAAGUCGCUGCAAUCCUUGCUGUGUUUGAUUCUCCGAUGCCCUUUGUACUGAGGACGGAGAAUGCAGUAACUCAGAACGAGUCAGGUGGGUGCAGGUAAUCAGUGGCAGGAUGGAGGGAGCUCCAACGAGAUGCUUCCAUCCAUUAGAGGAGGGGGCCCAUUGAGGCAACAACCCUACAAAGGGCACCGAGACAGGACUUGAGUGGGAAAGGGCAAGGGAUUGGAACUGGAAAAGCAGAGCACAAGUGGGAAGAUCUAACACCUCAACUAGGACAGAGUGCUGAGCAAUACCUCAAUAUCCUGAGCAGCUUCACAUAUCCAUUCUUCGCUCGCAGGAGUUGCUGGCAAGCCCACCUUCUUUUGCCCAUCGCUCGUCGCCCUGAGGUAUAACUGAAGAGCUUUUCACUUCUUUAGGGAGUUAAGUCAUCCAAGUAUGGGUCUGCAGUCACGUUAAGCAGGUUCCCCUCCCAAAAGGGCUGCAGUCAACCAGCUGGGCAUUAGCAUCAACCCAGUGCUCUGCCCAGACCAUCUACUCCUGUUGCCCAGUUCCUUCUCAGUUAAAUUAAGUCUCUGAAGCUGCUGUGGUGAGAUUGAACUCACCUUCCUUGGUUUAUUGAACAUAUAAAUAGCAGCAUGGAAAUCAAUUGCCAACUCGGUGACAUCUCCCAAAUGCACAGAAUUAUCAAACUCUUAAAUCACAAUGUUUGGAGCGAUAUUUCGGACUGCAGUCCCUCAAAGGUUCAUCAUAUUUGUGUGGGAUCAUCGGGCACCCCUGUUUUAUUUCCGACCGGUCUAUCCUCAGCCCACACUCUGCAAGGUGCUAGCCAAAGUUUACUAGCAACCCACUCCCCUAACAUCAGCUUCCAGCAUUCCCCGGUGGACUCCAAGCAAGGCUGUUUGAAUCUGAUGUCUCUGGCUCCACCCACCCCCACUCACUUCCCCACCCCACUCCACUUAUUCUUGCAUUGCCUACACCAUCACUGCACUUCAGACCCCCACCCUCUUCAAAUCUUCCUUUAAACCCAUUGCUUUGAUCAGGAUUUUCUUCAAUCCCUCUGAACUGAUCUGCUUCACCGCGCCCCCCCCCCCCCCACCCCCGCACCAAAUGUAUAGCAUUUGUAUAAAAUCACUGCAGCUCAGAGGGGUCUUUCAGUCCAUUGAAUCAGUGCCACCUCUUUGUAGAAAUAAGAUAAGAAAUCUUUAUUAGUCACAUGUACAUCCAAACACACAGUGAAAUGCAUCUUUUGCACAGAGUGUUCUGGAGGCAGCCCGCAAGUGUCGCCACGCUUCCGGCGCCAACAUAGCAUGCCCACAACUUCCUAACCCAUACGUCUUUGGAAUGUGGGAGGAAACUGGAGCACCUGGAGGAAACCCACACAGACACAGGGAGAAGGUACAAACUCCUUACAGACAGCGGCCGGAAUUGAACCCGGGUCGCUGGCGCUGUAAUAGCGUUACGCUACCCGCUACACUACUGUGCCUGCCCUCUACACUAUCAUCCCAACCAACCAGUCCCACUUUCCUACUGAUAAUUCUCCCAACAGUGCCUAUCCUGUUCCCUACCAAAAGCCCUGACUGACAGUUCCCACCCUCUUUACAUACAGCGAUCUCUGGAUCAUGACCAUUUUGCAAAAAACACUCAUAUCACCUCCUGUCCUUUGCUCAGGUAACGUACCCUGGCCGGCGCUACAGAUGGUGGGGCUGUGUGGUCUCUACCCGGUGUUGUGACAUCUUGCUCAAGUCCCCAGUCCUUCACACACUUUAAUUGGAAACUAGCUACGCGGGCAGGGAGGCAGCCAAUUUUCUCAUCUCUCCCAGGGCCCACACGUGUGCAAUCCCAGGUAAACUCCAAUCUGUGCCAGACGGUACAGCUGGUGGAGCCUCUGCCUCACAGCGCCGAAGACCCGGGUUCAAUCCUGACCUCGGGUGCCGUCUGUGUGGAGUAUGCACAGAAGCAGGAUCAGGUUUAUUAUCACUGACAUAUGUCAUGAAAUUUGUUGUUUUGCGGCAGCAGUACAGUGCAAGACAUAAAAAUAAAAUAAAACAUACAAAAAUAAAUAAAUAGUGCAAAAGAGGAAUAACGAGGUAGUGUUCAUGGGUUCAUGCACCAUUCAGGAAUCUGAUGCGCAUUCUCCCUCUGUGGGUUUCCUCCCACUUCCCAAAGGUGUGUGGGUCGGUAGGUUAAUCGGCUCCUAUAAUUCCUCCACUAGUAUGUCAGUGAAUGGUAGAAUCUGGGGGGAGUUGAUGGGAAUGUGGGGAGAAUAGAUUACAGGGAAAAACUAGUGAAGGAACAUGACUGAUGGGUAGGCAGAAUGGGUCAAAUGAGCUUCUACGAAGUAUGGAAAUGUGGAAUAAAGGAACACAAGCACUAGGGGAAAAAUGUAGUGGCCCUCGCUCUGCACUGAUCUGAAAAGAAAAACUGGAAAACUUGCUGACAGUGGGAGUCUGGACACUGAAGGAGCAAAGAGGUACAUCCAGCACUGAAAGGCAAUGUACAGGAAGAAAAGUCUAAUGUACAGUUGGCCUUUUAUUUCAUGGGGGCAAGCAUAUAAAGGGAAGAUCCAUUCCAGUUGUACAUAUGUCUGAUCUCACCAGGAGUGUUACAUUCUGGAAAGCAGACCCUUCCACCCACAGCAUCCAUGCUGGCCACUAAUGACCUAAUCCAGUUUCUACCAUCAGCCAGUAGCCUUAUAUACUACAAUGUUUCAGGUUGUCCAGAUACUUCUUCAACAUCCUGUCAGUUCCUGCCUCCAACAGCCCCUCUGGGCACAGUAGACUGGAAAGAUAUUGGCCACAAUAAAGGAAGGGCUUCGGAGGUUUGGCGAAUGGAUUGCCUGACCUGAGGUUGUAUUUGUUUGAGCAUGGAUGUUGGAGGGAUGAUCUCAGUGAGGUGUUUAGGGUAAGGUAGAUUCUGAGAAUAGAUUUCUUCUGAGGGGGGUCUUAAAACCGGGGCUGGGGGCAGAGAGGACAGAGGUGAAGUGGGAACCAACUGUUCAUCCAGGCUCUCUCCUCCAUUCCUCCCCACCUCCCACAGCAAAGUGGGAAUCAGUGGAAAUUUAUGUUGGGUAUGCCCACCCGAGGGAUCUGUAGCAGGGAAAUGAAGAAGGUGCAGAUCAGAGGUGAUCUCACUGUGGGGCAGAGCAGCAACAGGGCAGAGCUGUUUUUGGACACCAGGUGUAGGCUUACAACAAUGACCUGUAUUUAUACAGCAUCUUUAACACUGGAGCAUUCCAUGGUGUUGCACAAGACUGUUAUCAAAUUAAUCACUGGGCCUUUUAGAUAUUUGGGAAAAUGGCAGAUCCUUGACUAAUGGGAGGUUUUCUUAGAGUGGCUACUGAUUACUCUUUCUCCCUUCCCCUUAUCUGUUACCCAGGCUCCCAAGUCCCAUUUCCCUCAAAUUUAAAGUGGGCCUCAGUGGGUCAAAGAGGGCGGGGCGGGGCGGGGUGGUGGGGGGUGGAAUCAAGUGUGUCACAGGCUCAGCAGAGCAGUGUUGCAGUUCCAGGAAGUCUAGUUCAAUUCAGCUAGCUCCUCCAUGUCUGCCAUUCACACAGUGUGUUACACGGAACAGCUCCCAAACCACCGCCCCCCCCCCCCCCCCACACACAC